ACAUACCAGACAUUCCUGAGAACAUCAGAAAUUUACGCGCCCUACAGGUGGCGGAUUUCAGCAGUAAUCCAAUACCCAGGCUACCAGCGGGUUUCGUGAAACUGCGAAACCUUACAGUUCUUGGCCUCAAUGAUAUGUCUCUUACGAAUUUACCCCCAGACUUUGGAAGUUUAGAAGCACUACAGUCCCUCGAAUUGAGAGAGAAUCUGAUAAAGUCCUUGCCUGAAUCUCUCUCGCAACUAUCGAAAUUAGAAAGGCUCGAUUUGGGUGACAAUGAAAUCGAGGAAUUGCCACCGCACAUAGGCAAAUUACCAGCCCUCCAAGAGCUGUGGCUAGAUCACAAUCAACUUCAACACUUGCCACCCGAAAUAGGUGAAUUGAAGACUCUGGCGUGUCUGGACGUAUCCGAAAAUCGUCUCGAGGAUUUGCCGGAAGAAAUAGGGGGUCUUGAAUCACUAACCGAUUUACAUUUAUCCCAGAAUGUAAUCGAAAAAUUACCAGAUGGUCUUGGAGAGCUUAGAAAAUUGACGAUAUUAAAAGUCGAUCAAAAUAGGCUAUCAGUAUUGAAUUCUUGUAUUGGUAAUUGUGAAAAUAUGCAGGAGCUUAUUCUAACAGAAAAUUUUUUAUUUGAAUUACCAAUUUCCAUUGGAAAUUUAUUGAAUUUGAAUAACUUAAAUGUGGAUCGCAACAGUUUGCAGUCAUUGCCGACUGAAAUAGGUAAUUUAACGAAUUUAGGGGUUUUAUCUCUUCGGGACAACAAACUUCAGUACCUCCCGCCGGAAGUUGGUCAGUGCACAGCAUUACACGUGCUCGAUGUCUCUGGAAAUAGAUUGCAGUAUUUGCCAUACACAUUGAUCAAUUUGAAUUUAAAAGCAGUAUGGUUGAGUGAAAAUCAGGCACAACCAAUGUUGACUUUCCAAACAGAUGUAGAUGAGGAGACUGGCCAAGAGGUAUUGACGUGUUUCCUCUUGCCUCAAUUGGAGUAUCAUACCAGCGGUCCACAUGAACCGGGACGCCUUGGAAUGCUGGCUGGCAUAAGGGGAGUCGUUCCAGGCGGUGAAAUGCGAGAAUUAGGCAGCAGUGACGAUGAAAAUUGGCAGGAGAAGGAGGCGUCGAGAACGCACUCUGUCAAAUUUACUGAUGAUGCACCUGAGGCGGACAAGGAGACCCCCUUCGUGAGGCAAAACACUCCCCACCCAAAGGAGCUGAAGGCAAAAGCCCACAAAUUAUUCAGCAAAGGAAAGAACGACAGCAGAUCAGGCUCCACCGACGAGCAGGACGUGUCGCAAACAUUUGGUCUUGAUAAAACUGAGUUUGACAAUUCGCACGAGGAGUCUCAGGAUAUGGUGGAACAGCCAGAGCCAGCAUAUCAUAAUACUACGCACGAGGAAGUUACGGCCUGUCAAACGGAAACGGUGAACGAUGGCUCAGUGGAGCAGAUACCUGAUGAGAGAGAUCAAACGCCUUCUCAACCGACGCCAGAGCCACAAUUCCACACAUCAGAUGCUGAGAUGAAGGGAUCGGUGUCGGAAUUCCGGGGUAGGGAUGACGAUGAUUCUCAGUGUGACGAUACGCAGAGACACGUUGAAUUUACGAUAUCCGAAGAGGCAGAUUGUGAGGUUGGGGGUGAAACGGGUAAGCCAAACAGGCUGCAUCGCCGUGACACCCCUCACCAUCUGAAAAACAAGCGAGUACAUGACUCGAUUGACAAGGAUAAAGUUGCUUCAAUCAUCGCACAGGUCAGCCAUUUGGCACUGAUGAAGAAAAGUGAGGAUACGUCGGCUUCAGUCAGUCUUCCAAUAGAAUCCGUCGAUAAUUACGAUAUGCACAGUCAAGAAGGGGCUACGUCAGACGUUGAACCGACGUUGGAGGUACGCGAAGAGCAGUAUGAAAUUCAUAUAGAAAGGACAACUGGAGGCUUGGGAUUGUCGAUAGCUGGGGGCAUUGGAUCGACGCCGUUCAAAGGUGACGACGAAGGAAUUUUCAUUUCAAGAGUGACUGAAGGUGGCCCAGCAGAUUUAGCUGGUUUACGAGUAGGUGACAAAGUUAUCUCGGUAAAUGGAGUUUCAGUAGUUGACGUAGACCACUAUGAUGCAGUUGAAGUUUUGAAGGCAUGUGGUCGUGUACUCAUACUUGUUAUUCUCAGAGAAGUUACGCGGAUAGUGCCACCAUCAGAGCUAUCAACGAGGAAAGACUCAUUGUGCUCGAGCUUAAGUACAAGUCGCGCACCGAGUGCUACAUCGUAUGUUUCAUCAACAGCAAUGUCACAUAAUCUUGAGAAUGGCGAUAGCCUCCCUCGUGAUGCGAAUAAAGUGAAGAAAAUCCCAGAGCCCUUACCGACAAUGAGAACAGAGGAGCCAUUAGUACCAGUUCUCGUUCACACAACCUUAAUUCGGGAUCAAAAUGGCUUGGGAUUCAGUAUCGCUGGGGGAAAAGGCUCACAGCCAGCUAAAGAUAAUACAGAUGCCAUCUUCAUUUCAAGGAUAACUGACGGUGGGGUAGCCCAGAAAGACGGAAAACUACUCGUAGGCGACAAAGUGAUAUCGAUAAACGGAGUUGAAAUGUCGGGAGCGCGCCACGAGCAGGCAGUGGCAAUGUUGACGGGCUUGGAAAGGUUCGUUCGACUGGUAGUCGAGCGCGAGAUACCCUUUUCCCAGGCGAAUCCAGCGCUGCAAUUGACCCCGUCUGAAAAAUCCCCCCGACUAAUAGGCGGGCCAAAGCCGUACACUGGUUUGUACUCAGCAAACAGCUACAUGGCAAACAGGCCAGGCUACACUGGCUAUCGUCGAUCGAUGGACGCUGACAAAGCCCUAUCUCCAAGUCCAACGUCAAACACACCUCCCCCAGCGCCAGUACCAGCCCCAGUGGGGCUCAAAGGCGAGCCAGUGAACGGUGUUCCUAAGAUGAAUGGCUUGUCUGACACCCAGAGAACAGCAAAUCCUUAUCCACAGCCAGCCCCAAGGCAGAGUGUCCCACAGCAGCACCAGCAGCACCAGCAGCAGCAGCCACCACCACCUGGGGACAGAGCAACGUCACCGCAGGAAGACAUACAGGUACCGAAGCCCAUCACCAACGAGGAAUUUCAGGCCAUGAUUCCCGCUCACUUCCUACGACCUCCGACCUCCUCGCCCUCGCCAGACUCCCAGCAAGGCCCUGUCGUCACUGUUACUAUCAAGCAGCCUGAUCAUCUCCCCGGUGAUGUUAAUUUCCCACCAGCGCCUACUGCACUCGGUAAAGUUACCGAGGUCAUCACUAAAAGCACACUCACCGAGACUGUCGUCACACGUGUCACUGACAAUCAUCUGGUACUACCCGUUAUCAUUGAGGAUGUCGUGCUCUUGAAAGAGGGGUCUCUCGGAUUCAGUAUCAUCGGUGGAACUGAUCACUCUUGUACGCCCUUUGGAUCAACAGAGCCGGGUAUUUUUGUUUCCCAUGUGGUACCUGGUGGUAUAGCAGCAAAAUCAGGAAAACUCCGCAUGGGCGACAGAAUAUUGAAAGUAAAUGGAACUGAUGUAACAAAAGCAACACAUCAAGAAGCUGUAAUGGAGUUACUGAGGCCCGGUGACUCAAUUGUCCUCACAGUCCAGCACGAUCCACUGCCGCAGAGCUAUCAGGAACUCACCAUUGUGAAAGAGCCUGGCGAGAAGUUGGGCAUGCACAUAAAGGGCGGAUUGCGUGGCCAACGAGGUAAUCCAUUGGAUCACAGCGACGAGGGUGUUUUCAUAUCGAAAAUCAACUCAGGUGGUGCAGCUAAAAGAGACGGCAGACUAAAGGUCGGCAUGAGGCUACUAGAGGUGAACGGCACAUCUCUACUUGGGGCGACGCAUCAGGAGGCAGUGAAUGUUCUCCGCUGUUCGGGAAAUACAAUCACACUGGUUGUGUGCAAGGGCUAUGACAAAAAUGAAGUAGAAUAUUUAUUAACGCUCUCGGGUAGAGAUUCGAAAGAGUCGAGAGUCUCUGAAACAGAGCAGAAGGAAUCGCCGAUUGACGGUUUGAAAUCGCUGUCCCAGAGUGUCUCCAGUCUUGACAGGGACGACGAGGAGGCGGCGACGCUGCGUCAGGAGCAGGAAAUGAAAGCGGAAAUGGUGGCCUGGGAACAGGAGGAUCGUGAGCGUGCACUCAUUGAGCAUCGUGAAAAAUCUACACCAGAAAAGGUAUUGGAUGUAGUGCGGGCAGCUGAAUCAUUAGUGAACAAACCGAACAGUCCAGUUGACAUACCCGUGCCACCAAAAUCACCUGGUGGAACAAAAGAUCUUAAAACAACGACCAUUGUCAUGAGUAAACACACAUUGGCGCCCCAAAAUCCAACUCCUUUACAGUCAAUAAGUAAUGAGGGAUCGGGAACAUCUGUGGAUCCUUCAUCACCACUACCACCAGUAUUAAAACAAGCAAAGUCAUUUUCCGAUGUUGUAACGACUAAUCUCGAUGAUACUCUUCACUCUCAAACAUUGCCAAAGUCUAAAACUAAAAACACGACAAAACGUAGUGUAGCAUUUGCAACUCUUCCAAGUCCUUACAAAAAAAAUGACUGUAAUGUUACGCCAAUUGUCAAUUACUCGACACAUCCUGCAUUGAGUGAAUAUCGUGUUCCUUCUGGGGAUGAUUUUUGUAAAAAAUCAUCGAGUAUUGAGGGUGGAAUAAAUACAACGCGGUCUCGGCUGCCACCAACGCCACUCACAAGCCCCGGAUCCACUGGGAAAAUUGGUACACCCACUUCACUUAACAAUAGACAGAUUGCACGCUCUGUUCAUGGACAAGGGCUGAUUGAGCCGUCACCUACGCCGUCUCCAACGCCGGCCCCACCUUUGAAAAUGUCUGUCAGUGAUCGGAAGCGAUUGUUUGAGAAUGCUAUGGAAGAACAUCUCAAACCAUCUCCAAAAACAGAAAAAGUAUUUAGUUUCCUCAGCCAAGAUGAAGUAGAGAAAAUGAAAGCUGAAGAAGAGAAAAAAAUAGCGACACUUACGAGGGACGAGCUGAAGUCGUGGGCACAGAUUGACGAAAUGGAGGGCAUGGAUGAGUCCGAAGACGCCUUGGAGGACCAGGAUAACAGGCGACCUAAUAGUCGAUUGAGCUCGCGAAGUUCAAUACCUUCGUUAAAGGGAAUACCGGGUAUCGUCAGGACCGCCAAGGCAGAACGACGGUUUAAAGAAAAACUCAUUCAAGAGGGAUUGAUAUCGGAUGACGACGAAGAGAGCGGUUUAUCCCCAGCGGAGCAGAGGGCUCUUAGAGCGGAAAAACGUGCGGCCUGGAGGCAGGCGAGGUUGAAAUCCCUUGAACAAGACGCACUUCAAGCGCAAAUGGUGAUAAAGAAAAUGAACGAGAUUAUGGACACAUCAGGGACAAAAGCGGACGAGAUUUCAGCAGCACCCUACCCUCAAGUGGCGCCCACAGAAGCAGAAAAGAUAAGUGAGUUCGCUACAUUACGGCCUUCGAGUGCGGAUUUUCCUAAGCUUGCCGUGCGCAGCAAAGUGGGACCGCCAAAGGCCGUACGCGAAUCAGAAAAAGUUGUCGACGAGAAGGUAACUCGUCGCACUGAGGAAUACGUCGAUGAGAUCACUGGUGAACGGCGUGUACGAACCGUUGAAUACGUCGAGAAGCUCAUUGAGCGGGAGGUGGAAACGUUGAGAGAAAAAAUCAUAUCCUUGGAGUUGAGUAAUACCGAAGAAGACGCCGAUAACGGAAAACUUGGGACCUGUGCAAGUGAUGCUGAGAGUGAGAGUGAAGGUAUUACAAGACAAGAUUCUAUAAACGCAGCUGUUGAGAGUUCAGAGUCAUUUAUUUGUACGAGUCCAACAUCAGAGAAUGCUCCGAACAUUGGAAAAACAGGGACUAAUGGUGGAAAUGCGAAGCGGAAGAAACGAAAGCGUUCGAAGCGUGGACGCAACUGAAAGUCUAAACAUUCGAGGUGCAUUAUUGGUGCGAUACUUCGUGUGAAUGCGUGCAGCGAGUUAUAUUAAUUAGAAAUUUUAUGAUCCAAGUAAUGCCCAGAGGUGAGAGAUAAGAGGGGAAUGAUAAUAAUGAUGAAACAAAAAUUAAGGUUGACGAGUGCGAGCAGGCGAUAGGAGAUGCGGCAAUAGCGUGUAAUUAUUGCAUCCAGAUGUAUGAAGAGAAAAAUGUUAAACUGAAGUAAUUAAAGUUAUAUUGAGCAUACCACAGGGAGUCGGAUUAAUCCUGCCAUUUGACUGUAUUUUAUGUUCAUUAUGAAGAAACUUGUUUGAGAACUCUCUAGUUGGAGAGCUCGAAUUCGACGGAUUUUCCCUGCAAAUGACGUUUUCAUAACAGAAAAUAAGUAAUGAAGACGAACAACUACACAUUCCUUACGCUGACGUGAACUUGUCAACGAUUUUUGUAAAUUAAUUGAUCUUGCCCGAUGUCGUUUAGUGCGAAAUGCAGCAAUGGAACGUAAACAUAAGUCCAAAAGUGAUACGGGGAUUCCCAGUAAAAUCAGAGGAGCGCUGAAAUGAUCUAAAUGAGAGGGGGAGAAUGAGAAAUACGAAAUGUUGAACUUCAUUAGAGGAUUUAAAAUCGAUGAAGUAGCUAGAUGAAUAAAAAAUGAGUUGUAGACCUGAAAGAAUAUAUGAAUGAGGAAAAAACAAUAAUUUGAAGCGGAGAAAAUGAAGAGAUGAAUAAUUAAGUGAGGGAAAAGUGGAAUAUCGUCCAAAUCCCCAAUGACUGAACGCUAGGGCCAACAGAUGGACGGUGGAUGACCAAUACAUGGACGGUCUGGAGGAAUAUAGAAUUUUCAUCCAGUUUGUACAAACGUGAAUUUUUUUUAUUGAAUGUGAAGAAAUACAAGGCCAAAUAGAUUCUUAAUCUUCGGGAUGUGAUUCUCCUCCUGAAAAUAUUGUGCUAUUUCCCACAUCUGACUCUUUCGGAAGAGAACUUCUUUUUUUUCUCCACGACACUUUGUCACUGAUGCUUAGCAAAUUGCAGCGCCACGCCACCCAACACUGUACCUCCCGAAUAUUUUAUUUUUUUCCUUGCUGUAAUGUUGAUAUUUCGAGAAAAAAAACUUCAUCACAUAAUUAUGCAUGAGUGUUAUUAUUGAUAACGAUAAUUGUCCGUACAGUUUUCAUUCUAUUAUUUAUAGAAUAUUCAGUAAAAUGUGAAAUCGUCCAGGUAUUGGCCUGUUCCCCCUGCACCUUCCCAUGCUUUCACUCAUUAACUGAAAAGUCUGAUCCUCAAUCAAAAAUUGAUACAAUUAUGAAAAAAAUUGUUUUUAUAGUUUUUUUAAAUUCUAUUCGUCUAUUUCACGAUUUUCUGGAGAAAUGGACAUCCCAAAUUAUGUAAAAUAUAAUAAUGAUUAUUUUUCAACUCCCUCUCCCCAUUUGACGUAUUUAAUAUGAUUUAUUGGAACAUGAAUCGUAGGGAUAGCUAUCCUCUGAAGCUAAUCCCAUCCGCAGAUGAAAGAAAUGAGAGGAAGUUGUCAUUUGUUCUCUCGAAAAUAGUCUAAUCAUGAGGCAAAUUAUAGGUAACGAGAUGCAUCAACCUUUAUAGAUUAAGAAAACUUUAUUUAGUUGAGAAUAAAAAAUGGCAAAUUAUAGGUAACGAGAUGCAUCAACCUUUAUAGAUUAAGAAAACUUUAUUUAGUUGAGAAUAAAAAAAAUAUCAAUUGUAAUAGUAAAUUUCUCCAGUCUUACGAGAAGAGGUCCACCGUAAUUGAUUCAAAUUAAAGAUGAAAUUGUAAAUUAAUUGUAAGAGAAUUGUCGCAGAAUCUGUGUAUUGGAGUAAAUGACAGUACACGUGUAUUAUUUCUCACAGGUUAAGGGUAUAAAUGCAAAAGACAAUAAGAAGAGGCUUAAGUUUUUACUGCGAAACACUGAUAGAGUAGUAAAAACACAACAUUAAUAUGCAGUAUAUGGAUUAUUUAACUGGGAUGAGCAACUCAACUAUGAUUGGCAUCAAAUUAAGCUAGAAUUCAGCAGCGAAGCUGCAAAAUGGUUCAAGCUGAUGUUGACUAUUGGCCAGUUUUCAGUGAAUAUCUCGAAAUCUAAGGCAGGUAGCAAAAUUUUUAUCAUGACCUU